CUCGGACGCUCCACUACCUCUUUUUUAGCGUCUCAUCAGUUACUCAAGUUCAGAAUAACAACACGUAGCGGCUGAAAUAUGCGUCUGAGAAGAGUCCCUGGCAUGAUGUCAACUCUUUCACAGACCAAGGAAGUGUUCCGGAGAGCAGAAGCUGUCUUUUUUGACGUGGACAGCACCGUCAUCAAAGAAGAAGGCAUCGAUGAACUUGCCAAAUUUUGCGGCGUCGGGGAUGCAGUCGCUGAAAUGACCCGAAAAGCUAUGGGCGGCACGAUGACGUUUAAAACGGCCCUGACGGAGCGUCUUUCCAUCAUCCGAUGUUCCAGGGAACAAGUGAACAAACUGAUAACGGACCACCCACCUCAGCUGACUCCAGGUAUCGGGGAUCUCGUGGACCGUCUGCACCAGCGAAACAUAAAGGUGUUCCUCAUCUCGGGCGGGUUCCGCUGCAUCGUUGAACACGUGGCCACGCAGCUAAACAUUCCCCAUGACCACGUUUACGCCAACCGGCUCAAGUUCUACUUCAAUGGCGAGUACGCCGGGUUCGAUGAGAGCCAGCCCACCGCUGAGAGCGGCGGAAAAGGAAAAGUCAUCAGCAUGUUGAAGGAGAAAUACGGCUUCAAGACCGUGGUGAUGAUCGGCGACGGAGCGACGGAUGCCGAGGCGUGCCCCCCCGCCAGCGCCUUCGUCGGAUUCGGUGGGAACGUCGUCCGGCAGCAGGUUAAGGAGAAGUCUUCGUGGUACGUGACCAGUUUUGAGGAGAUGCUAAAGGAACUGGACAAGAUUUAAAGAAAGCUAAGAAAAAAAAAUCAUAGUAUUACUAAUUUUUAUCAUUUUAUUUUUGAUUCCUGCACAUUUUCCUUCUCUCAAUAGAUUUUUAUAUUAAGGUUUACGCUCGUAAGACCAAUUUGACGACGUUGCUCUGUUUUAUACUAAAAAGAAUAACGCGUGUUUUGUGGAGGUUCGGAAGACGAUUUGAGAGUUUUUGCACAUUUUGUAGUCAACGCCUUUCGGUAAGCUCAUACAACGUGUGCGUAUUAUGCAAUGAGCAAUAGAAAUGUUUUAUUUUCUCCAUGUAACCAGACGUGUCGAUGAGUGUUGUCGUGGAACGAACCUCUGCAUUAAACGUAAGAACGUGCCGUCACA